UAAAAAAAGGAAAAAAAAGAAAUGUGCUGUACAAAUAAAGCUGCCUUGCCUCGGAUGAUUGACGUGCGCUUUAAAGUUUUCCACCCACUUUUCUUAACCAAUCACAGCCAGGGGGCGGGACUUAGCGGUAAUCUUUACAAAAUGGCGACUGUUGUUGUUUUGCCGCAGGGUCAGUGAAUAAAAUCCGUUUGUCCAUUUCAACUAUUCUCUGCACUUAUCUGCAGAAAUAACGCUACAAAAAAAGACACCGGCGUCCCCAAGGGUCUGCUCCGUGUCUGAGUGGACUGAAAUGAAAGGUAAAGAGCGGUCGCCGAUUAAAAAACGCUCCCGGGCCUUGGACGAGAUACGAGACCGCGGAGGAGGAGGAGGAGGAGGAGGAGGAGGAUGCCACCCGACCAGCAAGAAAAUGGGAGCUCUGUCGUCCAUCUCCGGCGGGAGCAAUAACGGAAACAGCUCCACUAAAGGCGACGGUGGCGGGUCGACGAGAAGGAGUCUACUAAAUGAUAAUAAAAGAGACAGAGACUUCGACGGGCACAGCAGGACUGGAGGAAACAACCACGGUUGUCAGUCCGCAGCGAGCUCCGUCUCCGUCAAUAAGAACCACAGCCUGAGCCUGACGCUGGAUUUAGCCUCGCCGAGGAGCGGUGCUUCUUCUCGGGGUGAGCCGCGCGCCCAACCGCCGCCGCCCAGCAGCAGCAGCAGCAGCAGCACAGCCGCAGAGAGUGAGUACAAGACGCUCAAGAUAAGCGACUUAGGCACCCAGCUGAGCGACGAAGACAUUGAAGACGGAUUGUUUCACGAGUUUAAGAAAUUUGGAGAUGUUAGUGUGAAGAUAAGCCGAAGCAACGAUGAGAGGAUCGCGUUUGUGAACUUCAGGAAGCCGGAGGACGCCAGAGCCGCUAAACACGCCAGAGGACGGUUGGUGCUGUACGACCGGCCGUUGAAGAUAGAAGCGGUGUACAUCAACCGGAGGAGAAGCCGCUCACCGGUGGAGAGAGACUUAUACGGAGCAGCUCAAAGCCACAGACAUUUACAGAGACCUCUCUCCCCCACUGGGCUCGGAUACAGAGACUACCGGCUCCAGCAGCUCGCCCUGGGUCGCCUCCCUCCUCCUCCACCGCCUCCGUUACCCAGAGAGCUGGACCGGGACCGGGAGUUCGCCCUGUUUGAAGCGCGGGCUCGACCUGCUUUCAUUGCAGAGCGCGCAGCUUUCCGCGAGGAGGAUUUUAUAUCUCCAGAAGACGACCAAAGAGCCAAUAGGACGUUGUUUUUAGGCAACCUGGACAUUACUGUCACAGAAGCAGAUUUGAGGAGAGCUUUUGACAGGUUUGGGGUCAUAACUGAAGUGGACAUUAAAAGACCCACAAGGGGACAAACCAGCACCUAUGGGUUUCUGAAGUUUGAGAAUCUGGACAUGGCUCACCGGGCUAAGCUUAGUAUGUCUGGCAAAAUAGUGGGACACAACCCCAUAAAGAUAGGUUAUGGGAAAGCAACUCCCACCACGCGCCUGUGGGUGGGUGGACUUGGACCUUGGGUUCCUGUUGCAGCCCUGGCCAGAGAGUUUGAUCGCUUUGGCACUAUAAGGACCAUUGACUACAGAAAGGGGGACACCUGGGCCUACAUUCAGUAUGAAAGUUUGGACGCUGCACAAGCGGCGUGCACGCACAUGAGGGGCUUCCCACUCGGAGGUCCAGAGAGGAGACUCAGAGUGGACUUUGCUGACACUGAGCAUCGUUACCAGCAGCAGUUCCUGCAGCCGCUUCCAAUACCGCCGUUUGACAUGGUGGCUGAGUCGUUUGUCCACCGUGCCACACCUGAACCCCUGAGGGUCAGGGAACGGACUCCACCGCCUCUUCACUUCAGGGAGAGAGAACUCUUUCCUGGUACCGAGUGGCCCAACCCAGCUAUUCGUGAUCGGGUACGUGCUUCACCCUUCGAGCCUCUGGAGCACUUGGAACGUGAGCGGCGGGCACGAGAACCUUGGUCUUUGGAGCGAGAGCUGCAGGGACGAGAACCUGCACGCAAGCGGCGCGUGAUGGAGGACGGACGACACAUAGACCACUCCCCUGACAGCACUGAGAGGACAGUAAGGCGGAGACGUGCUUCUCCAGAUGGCAGUCCUGGAGGUAGCAGCAGAGACGGAGGGCGCUUCAGUGACUCAGAGCGCCCUGUGCGGGGCGAGAGACCCUCUCCCGCGCGAGAACGCCACAGCAGCCUGGAAAGAGGUGUGGCUGAGCGGAGACUCAAAAGCCAGAGUCUCUCUGAAAAGGGACCUUCAAGCAGCGUUGUUUCAGCGGUUGGAGAGCGUAAGCGCAAAGCAGGCGAUGGCGGUAAAGGGCCGGCCAAGCGAGAACGUUCUGAGAGCAGCUCCAAAGGAGGCCAGCCGUCGAAACCAGACGGCACCAAACUCAGCUUGGCCUGGCAAGGCAUGCUGCUGCUCAAGAACAGCAACUUCCCCGCCAACAUGCACCUGCUGGAGGGUGACCACAACGUAGCCAGCGACCUGCUCGUCGAGGGCACAACGGGGAGGCAGGUGAGCGAGCUAAAGAUCACCCAGCGUCUCCGUCUGGACCAGCCCAAGCUUGACGAGGUGUCCCGACGCAUCAAGGUGGCGGGGCCCGCCGGCUACGCCAUCCUGCUGGCAGUUCCUGGGACCACAGAGGAUUCAUCUUCAUCGGACCCCGCAGCCUCAACUCAGCGGCCGCUUCGCAACCUGGUGUCCUACCUCAACCAAAAACAAGCAGCUGGAGUCAUCAGUCUACCCGUGGGAGGGAGCCGAGAUAAAGACAACACAGGGGUUCUUCACGCUUUCCCUCCCUGUGAUUUCUCCCAGCAGUUCCUGGAUUCCUCUGCCAAAGCUCUGGCUAAAAGUGAAGAGGACUAUCUGGUCAUGAUUGUGGUCCGUGGAGCAUCUUAAAAAAAAAAAAAAAUCAGAACACACUAAGUUCAAGUGGUGUAAAAAAACAAAAAAAACUGCUGUAUGUCAGUAACUAUUGCAUGCUGUGUGUUCUGCAUUAUGGGGUACACUAGUAUGGUUCUUGAGUGUUUGUAUGUUGCCAUGUAAUCCACUAAAAGGACAAACAGUGCCCUCCUACAAAACUAAAAGGAUGUGUGUUUUUGAAAUUACUUUGAAAGGGUGAAUUGCUCACAAAGUCAUAAACCUGCAGUAAUUCAGUCAGAUAUACUAAAAUAUGAGGAGCAUUUGUUGAAUAAAUUAGAUUUAAAAAGAGAUAAGUCAUAUAGAAAAACAAAUUUUUGGUUCGUUUACAGGUUUAAAAUCUUGACUGUCCAACUCUACUAGAAGAAAAUAAUUAAAAAAUGCAUUGAGAAGACACAAUAACACCUCCACUACAAUAAAAACACAAACAAUGGCCUCACUGGCUGCUAUAGUGUUGACCUCCCCGAUACAGUGUUAACAAAAAAAUUACGAUCAUAACAAAGGUCAUGUUUGUGUCUGGGGUAUUAUUACUGCGUUGCCUUAGAUUUUACAGGUGUUAUUGUGUCUACCUCCUAUACAUUUACAUGAAGAGAAUCAGAAAACAUCCUUUUGCAAAGCUUUGAAUUACAGUGCAAUAAUAUUUGUUAUAUUACAAUCACUUUUUUGAUGGAUGGAGACAAAGAUGAGCAUGACAUUUUUGAAUUGAAGGUUUUAAGUAAAGGUGUAGUGGAUGAUUUGGUACUUCAGUUACAAAGCUAAACAGGAGGAAGAAUCCUGGUAACAUUUUUGAAGGUCAAAACAUGUCGCACAACUCUUCUCCAGCGUGCAAAACACACUCCGUUAAUGUUUUGGGCUAUUUCGCCUUCAUCUGGUAACCACCAUGAUGACAACAAUAAAAAUAAAGUGUAGUGUACUGAAGAAGAGUUAUGCAAUGUGUUUUAAUUUUGAUGGACUCACACUGGCCUGUAUGUGUGCGCCUUCAGAGUUGGAAAUAUUUUUUGAAGGUCACCAGUGAAAACGUCUCGUCUAGAUACAGCUCAUACAUUUCAGUCACCUAUGUUGUGAAUACAGUUUGAAAAAUAACUUUCAGGUUCAUGGUUUUGGAUUUCAGAAUAUCUUUUAUUAACGUAAUACUGGAACACCAGAUUGCAAGAUAGACAAUGACCUCAGUGUUUGUCCACUGGUAAAACUAAAUUGUUAAUGUCGACUCUAUGUGGAAUGCUAAAUACUAACAGAUGUGAGAUUUUUUUUUUUGCCCAGGGAACAGCCCAUAACAAAAUACGCAUAGCAUAGUGAAGCAAAUACUAACAAUGUUUUUCAUAUUUUUUACUUUUAUUUUGUGCAUCCCUACCUUAGACAUGGUUGUGUAAUGUGAUCUAUGAAAAACUACAGUAGUAAUGGAUAAAAAAGCUUAGAGAGUUUUGUGUUGUUUCAUUUAUUGCUCUGAAACCAGUAGGUCCUCCAAGAAUAAUAUUUAGUAUCAGUAAUAUGUUGGUACAAAGUAACAAAAACCUGCUAUUUGUUCAGUACGUAGGUCUGUGUCAUUUUAAAGUUUAACAGUUCAUGUUUGAAUUUAAAUUUUAGAAGUUUUAAAUCGGGCAAUAUUUUAGUCAUGCCUGCCAACUUGUUCCCAGGGCCUACUUAACAUGUUUUGUUUUGCCAUUGUAUGUUUGUCAUGCAAUAGUAACCCACCCCAAAUUAUAAUUUGCUGAGUUUGGUUCAAUAUGUAUUGAAAACAUUAAUAUGUCAGAAACUUGUUCUGUGUGAACGUCACACCCACUUCAACGUUGGACUCUCGAGGAGACGAGUGCAGAGCUGCAAACAUCUGCAGAGAAGGUGUUUGUGAGUCCUCACUAAUGAGGCGACUCUUAAGUUGUGUGUCCCAUCUGCACCUGUGAUGACUUCUGUUUUAAAAUGGAAAAAAUUGAGCAAUGUACACUUUGAUGUCAUGGGAAAGGAAAAUCCGUAGAGCCCGUACGAAGCUGUUCACAUACCUGCGAGUGCGUUUGGGCACUUAAUGUGACCGAUUAUCAAUAAAUUGUUCAUUUGAAGGGAAA